AUAUCAGAGACUAUGUUAAAUAUAUAGAAAAAGCUGUUGCAACAAAGGAGCCACGUUUUAUGUCACGGGUAGCCAGAGGGAUAAGUUCAGUGAGACAUAGAUUGAAUAAUAAUGUUUUACGAAGACUUCUUCAGGGUUACAUUCAGUCGCAGUCCCAGGUGGCAGUCAGGGAUGAAUUGUUAUCAUUUCUUGACAAGCCAAUGGUUUCAAAUGGAAUUGGUCCUCAGUUUAGACCACGGUCUGGGAAGCUAGCAAAUAAUCCACUUAUCCCAGAGAUAGAAGUUUAUCUCCAUCUUUUGCUUCUUAUACACUUGAUUGAUCUUAAGAAAUAUGACAAGGCUGUUAUCUGCUCGGAGAAAUUGAUGCAAAAAUUAGUAAACCAGAAUAGACGCACUUUAGACAUAUUAGCUGCAAGAUGCUAUUUCUACCAUUCUAGAGCUUAUGAGCUCACUAAACAGCUUGAGAAAGUUAGAGGGUUUUUUCACACAAGGUUACAGACAUCUGUUCUGAGGUCAGAUUACGAUGGACAGGCCACUCUGCUUAACUUACUUCUUAGAAAUUAUCUACAAUUUAACUUGAUAGAGCAGGCCGAUAAGUUAGUCACAAAAUCUACUUUCCCGGAACAUGCUACAAACAACGAGUGGGCAAGACAUCUAUACUAUCUAGGUACAAUCAAAGCUGCACAGUUGGAAUAUUCAGAGGCUCAUAAACAUCUGUUACAGGCAUUAAGAAAGGCACCACAAAAUGCUGCCAUUGGUUUUAAGCAAACGGUUCAAAGGUUAGCUAUUACAGUUGAGUUACUGUUAGGAGAUAUACCAGACAGGUCAACUUUCAGGAUACCAUCUAUGAGGAGAACACUUGCACCAUACUUUCAACUUACACAAGCUGUACGAACAGGUAACCUUCCUCGUUUCAAUGAGGUGUUGUCUCAGUACGGGUCCAAGUUUCAGAGUGAAGAUACAUACACGUUGAUUAUACGAUUACGACACAACGUGAUCAAGACUGGUGUCAGAAUGAUCAGUCUGUCAUACUCGAGGAUCUCUCUAAUGGAUAUCGCACAGAAACUUACACUAGACAGCCCCGAGGAUGCUGAAUACAUUGUGGCCAAGGCAAUUAGAGAUGGUGUGAUAGAGGCAACAAUAGACCAUGAGAAGGGAUAUGUUCAGUCAAGAGAGACCGUAGAUGUGUAUAAAACCAGGGAACCAAUGGCUGCCUUCCAUCAGAGAAUUGCUUUCUGUUUAGAUAUUCAUAACAAUUCUGUGAAGGCAAUGCGUUUCCCACCCAAAUCAUACAACAAAGACCUUGAGUCUGCUGAAGAAAGGAGAGAAAGGGAGCAACAAGAACUUGAAAGUGCUAAAGAAAUUGCUGAUGAAGAUUUUGAUGGAUUUCCUUAAUAUUGACUUUGAAAAAUUUAUAACUUAUGAAUGCUUUAUUUUGAUAAAUAUAACUGCAGGCUAUAACUCGAUUCGAAAGUGUCAAUGAUAUCAUAUAGUACAGGCAGGAUACAAUAAUAUGCCUUAAACAUGAGGUUUGUGUUUCUUGGCAAAAGAAUUUCAAUGCAGUUGAAUGAAGUGAAAUAUGAAAUGUUCGUUAUAAGCAGGUUAUUCAUUAAGAUAUUAAAUCUCAUUGAUUAUUCCCUGUCCUGGCAAGUUUUAUAGAAUUUUUGUACACAUUGAAAUGUUUUGUUAUAAAAAAAUUUUAAGACAAUUAUUCUAUUAAUUGGAGCUUUCCAAAUGAGCUUUUCAUGAAAUAUUAUAAUUAUAAUACAAUUGGCAUAUUGAUUGUAUAACUAAGGGAUUUAAAUACUAAAAGAGAAAAUAAGUUUAUCAUGUUCUUAUGUUGCACAUAUUGAUACUAGUAAGUUUGUAAUGAAAAUAUUUUGGCACUGUUGUUAGAUAACUUAGAUACAAUAAUAAGAAACAGCUGUGAUUAUGAAAUCUUAAGAUAUUCAUAUGCAUGGUGCAUAAACACAAUAUUGUGCUAUACUUUAUAGUAAAAUUACCGUAAAACAAGUGCUAAAUAUGUUGCACCAGGCAGUUUAAUCGUUUCAGCUAUUUUGUAAAUGUACAAUGUGCUAUGAUAGUGUUACGAAUAUUGAUGUUUAUUUGCAUUUACAGUAUGUUUGUUCAUUGCGAUGUGUAUAUAUAUUAAGUAUAUGUUCCUUCAGAUGUAUGUAAGUGAACAUUUGAAUGGGUGAUUAAAACUUGUACCAUUGAUAAAAUAACUGAAAUAAAAGUUGCAUACAGUUA